UGUCCAGUGAGCUGUGUCCACUGUAUCCCGUCAGCUAGCUGUACCUUGGGUCGCCAAGCUUAACCUCAGCGACAACCAUCACCAUCACCAUCACCAACCUCGACGACGCCGACGACGACAACGAGGCCACAUCGAGAGAAUUGGAAGCAAUUGGCCGGUCACAAUUGCCCACGACAACACUCUUUUGCUCUGGUUAAAAUACAAAGCUCGACAAGAUGCGCUGGCUGCCCGCCUUCCUGUCGGCGUCGCUGUUCGCGGCCGGAUCGUUUGCUGCUAAGAAGUCCUCCGAGGAGCGAUUCGCAGAGUUCCACGCCAAACAGACAUCCCACGCCCCCGUCAAGCUCAACGAUGCCUCCUUCAAGUCUCUCACUGCCGCCCCUCGCGAUUAUAGCGUCGCCGUUGUCCUGACAGCUCUCGAUGCCCGCUACGGCUGCCAGCUCUGCCGCGAAUUCCAGCCUGAGUGGGAGCUUCUCUCCAAGAGCUGGGUCAAGGGCGACAAGUCUGGCGAGUCUCGUGUUAUUUUUGGUUCUUUGGAUUUCGGUGAAGGCAGAGAGACCUUCAUGGGUUUCGGCCUCCAAACUGCUCCCGUCCUCUUCUUCUUCCCUCCCACUACCGGUCCCCACGCUGCUGCUAGCCCCGAGCCAAUCCGCUAUGACUUCACCAAUGGACCCGUUCCCGCCGAAAUGGUGCACUCCUGGCUUGUCCGCCACCUUGAUGGCCGCCCUCAUCCUCCCGUCAAGCGACCUGUCGACUACCUCAAGUGGGCUGUGAGCUUCACCAUGAUUACCGGUAGCUUGACUGCCGUCUACGUCGCCUGGCCUUACGUCGUGCCCGUGAUCCAGAACCGCAAUGUCUGGGCCGCCUUCACUCUGAUUGCUAUCCUGCUGUUUACCAGCGGUCACAUGUUCAACCAGAUUCGCAAGGUCCCCUAUGUUGCCAACAACCCGCGCGGUGGUGUGAGCUACUUCGCUGCUGGCUUUCAGAGCCAGUACGGCUUGGAGACACAGAUUGUUGCUGCUUUGUACGGUCUUCUUUCCUUUGCGGUCAUCUCCUUGGCCGUCAAGGUGCCCAGGAUUGCCGAUCCCAGGUCCCAGGUUAUCACAGUCUGGGCUUGGAGCGGCGUUAUCCUGCUUGUGUACAGCUUCCUCCUGAGCAUCUUCCGUGUCAAGAACGCUGGCUACCCAUUUUACCUGCCGCCAUUUAUGUAAGGCGGCAGCGAGUGAUGAGGCAGUAUAAACGAUACAUCCUGCCAAGAUCUAUAUCGCCAGGCUUGCAGAGCUAAACACACAUUUUUAGGCGGGUUUUGCUUCAACGGCCAUUGUUAGUUGUAAAAUAGAGCUAUUGCUUCUGAGAGGAAUAGGAAAACAAAAGGAAUAGAGCCACUCGAGUCACACAA